AUGACAUCCACUGGCGGUACUAGUAAUACAAGCAGCAGCAACAAUGAUGAUGUGAAGGAAGUGAUUCCGAUGAGACACGAAGUGUACACGAACGACAAGCCUCCCACCCUCACGGGGACUUCUUCUACAACUACUAGCGUGGCCACAUUUGUCCCUAGGAGAUGCACUGCUUCGGAAUUGAAGAGUCUGUCCAACAUUUUGGAGCUGCAAUCAUGGGCUACCGCUCAUUCGAUGGCGCCUUCUUUGGCCGCCUUUGUCAAUUAUGGAUCAGAAGAUGAAGAAUCCCUUCGCGCCAAUCGCAACGGAUUUUCCCAAUACAGUCUACGCCCACGCGUGUUGUGCAAUGUGUCUCGUGUCGACACUACAACGACCAUUUUGCAAGGCCGCAUUUCUCUGUCGGCUCCCAUUGGCAUUGCACCCUUUGCGGGAUGUCGUGCCGUGCAUCCUGAGGGAGAAAUCGCCAUUGCCAAGGCUGCCGCACAGGCGGGAAUUGUCUAUACGGUCCCCAAUUGGGCGGCAACGCCCUUGACCGACAUACUCGACAAUAGUACAUGCAGUAGCAACGAUACGAGUAGUAGCUUGCUCUUUCAAAUCUACGCCCACAAACCCAAAUUUCCCAACCGAGAAGGAUUCGAUCGAGCACACAUGGCCGCACUCCUCGACUACUUGGCUCAUCCUCAUUCAGAACAACAACAACGCACUAGUAACAGCACAAAGAGCAAAAUUGUGGGAGUAGUACUGACAUGUGACACGGUCAACAAUGGCAAUCGCGAAAAGACGUACAAGAAUCCCACGUGGGUCGCCAAUUUAACCCGCGAAACGGGAGGAGGCUUUCCCGCUCCCUGUGCGUUGCAAGACGCCAAUCGACUACCACCCGUCGCACAACAAGGACAUGCAGCCAGCAUGACGUGGGACGAUAUUCGAUUUCUAAAACAAGAAUGUCACAAACACCAUUUGGCGCUGGUGCUCAAGGGGAUCAUGUCCGGAGACGAUGCCGUCCUGGCGGCUCAAAUCGGGGUCAAUGCCAUUUGUGUUUCGAAUCACGGCGGACGACAAUUGGAUGGCACCCAAAGCACCAUACAAGCGUUGGAGGAGUGUGCAGCCGCGGUACAGGACUUCUACACCAACAAGAAUUCGAACAACACUAACAGGAUGGAAAUAUUUGUCGAUGGCGGCAUUCGUCGUGGCAAGGAUGUCGCCAAAUGCUUGGCAUUGGGAGCCAAAUGCGUCUUUGUCGGGCGACCCGUACUCUGGGGAUUGGCACUAGCAGGACAAGACGGUGUCGCACGAGCCUUGAACAUUCUACAAGAGGAAUUGACCACUGUACUACAAUUGAUGGGAUGUCGGACACCCCAACAAUUGACCCGGCAACAUGUAGUAGCACGAGAAGAUGAGCAACGAAUAAUAACGUCAACAAUCCACAAUACACCAGUAAGAGAGACUGGUAGCGAAUGCUGGUGGGCCGUGACCAUCUCCGUCGCAGUGGCCGCAUUUGUGCUCGGACGAUACACCCAACGAGUGUGA